CAAAUUGUUUCUGUCUCGUUGGGCCGAACUAGCCCACUAACCAUAUUUCAUGGGUUCAAUUUCAAGUCAUCAAACAAAUAAAAACCUAAAAAAAAUUGUAUUAGAAGUUCACUUUGCUCAAGCUGCUCUAGGACUUCUGUUGAAUUUCAGGGAGCUAACUUGCUUGGCACGGCUGUAAAACAUGAAUUCAGAAGAAUAUCCCAAGACUCAUGCCAAACCAUCUGUCACUCUGUCUGGGACUGCUGAAAACUGUGCAACUGGACCCUCACUCGGUUUGGUUGACAUAGGCAGCAGUGAAAAUGCAUAUAUUUUUCGUGUUGCACUUCCUGGGGUGAGGCACAAAUGUAACAUAAAAUGCGACAUACAGAGAGAAGGGAGAGUCCGGAUAGAAGGCGUGAUUACAGAGAGUGAGACUUUGAAAAACUCACCCAAGGCUUAUGAGAUGAAAGUUCAGCAGCUUUCUCCUCCGGGGCCUUUUACCGUAUCGUUCAAUUUGCCAGGACCGGUUGAUCCUAGAUUAUGUUCCCCACAGUUUAGAGCAGAUGGCAUUCUGGAAGUCGUCGUCUUGAAAUACCCAAUACCUCUGGUUUCAGCUGAAGGCUUGCCUGAGCACUGGUUCAAUGCCUCUUUCCCAGUUUCUUGAACUGUAGUUGAUCUGCAUUCCCUUAAGAAACAAGGGACUUACUCGUUUUGUGGCGUAUGUCAUGAAUACAGCACAGCGUUAGGAACAACUUCCCAGCUUCUAAAAGGCCAUACCUGUAAACAAUUUGCCAGCGCCGACUUGAUUUUCAAUCAAGUGUGUACUUUUAUGGGGAAAAAAACUUGGUAUCGACAUCUUUUCCAUCUUUA